UUAGAGACACGUGGUGUUUAAAAUGGCGCUGUUCUCUGGUGACCUUUUCAGCGUCUUUGAUGAAGAGUCUAGCACUGGGAGUGAAAAGAAAAGGCCAGCCAAAAGAGCCUCGUCUAAUGGUUCCUCUUCCCCGCGCGAGUCCUCGGCCACUCGUACCAAAAGACAGAAACUAGACCUGGACAGUCUUGAAGCUGAUGAUGAUGACUCCACUGAGAAGCAAGAAGAUGAGAGGACUGAGCUUGAAGGCACAAAGAGGGUUCCGUUUUUUGGUGAACCAGCCAUUAUUGUCAACAUUGAUACUGAAGACACCUGCACACAUGAAGUUUCUGUUCCUGCAAAUUACAAGUUUGAGUCUUUGAAACCGCUGAACGAAAAACCUGCAAAAGAGUAUCCAUUUAAAUUGGAUAGUUUCCAGAGGAAAGCCAUCCAAUGCAUUGAGAACAACCAGUCAGUCCUAGUCUCAGCCCAUACCUCAGCAGGAAAGACUGUAGUAGCAGAGUAUGCCAUCGCUGUAUCACUGAGGGAUCGUCAACGUGUCAUUUAUACAACACCGUUGAAGGCUUUGAGUAAUCAGAAGUACAGGGAGAUGUAUGAGGAGUUUAAAGAUGUUGGACUAAUGACCGGAGACACUACCAUUAAUCCAACAGCAUCGUGUAUUGUCAUGACUACUGAAAUAUUAAGGAGUAUGUUAUACAGAGGAUCAGAGGUGAUGCGUGAAGUGGGUUGGGUUGUAUUUGAUGAGAUUCACUACAUGAGGGACAAAGUAUUACUUGUACAUAUGUCUGUACUGGUGAUUAUAAGCAUACUGUGUGUUACUGUAUUCAAGAUGAUGACAUUAAGUUCUCCUUGUCAUGUGGUGUAUACCGAGCAGAGGCCGGUGCCAUUGCAGCACUAUCUCUAUCCUGCUGGAGCUGACGGUCUUUAUCUUGUGGUGGAUGAGAAUGGAAAGUUUCGUGAGGAUAAUUUCCAAACUGCCAUGUCUUGCCUUCAAGAAUCCGGUAUAGGGAAUAAGAAAGGAACUAAAGGUCCUUCAAAUUGUUACAAAGUGGUGAAGAUGAUAAUGGAGCGUAGUCUCCAGCCUGUCAUCAUAUUCAGUUUCAGUAGGAGAGAGUGUGAAGCAUUAGCUCUCCAAAUGUCAAAGCUUGAUUUCAACACAGCCCGGGAGAAGGAGCUGGUAGAUGAAGUAUUCACUAACGCCAUCGACUGUCUCUCUGAUGAUGACAAGCAGCUACCACAAGUUGUUCAUCUCCUCCCAUUAUUAAAGCGAGGCAUUGGCAUACAUCACUCUGGUCUACUCCCCAUCCUCAAGGAGACUAUUGAGAUAUUGUUCUCUGAAGGACUCAUAAAGGCUCUCUUUGCUACUGAGACGUUUGCUCUUGGACUCAACAUGCCCGCAAGGACUGUGGUCUUUACUAAUGCUAGGAAGUUUGAUGGAAAGGACUUUAGAUGGAUUACUUCUGGUGAGUAUAUACAGAUGAGUGGGCGUGCCGGUAGGCGUGGCCUGGACGAGAGAGGUAUUGUAAUGUUAAUGAUUGAUGAACAGAUGGACUCCACCAUUGGCAAGACAUUACUAAAGGGUCAGCCUGAUCCUCUCAACAGUGCCUUUCAUCUCACCUACAAUAUGGUCCUCAACCUCUUGAGAGUUGAAGAGAUCAACCCUGAGUACAUGCUGGAGAGAUCCUUCUAUCAGUUUCAGAAUAAUUCCACUAUACCCGACCUGGAGGAAAAGGUCAAAGUCCUUGAGAAGAAGAGAGAUGCUCUGGUGAUAGAGGAUGAGGAUAACGUGACCAGUUAUUACAAGAUGAGAGACCACAUCAGCAAGCUAUCAAUGCAAAUGCAGAGGUUCAUCACGAAGCCGACCUAUUGCAUCCCAUUCAUGCAGCCUGGCAGACUCGUUAAUGUCAUUGUUGAUGGUGCUGAUUUUGGCUGGGGAGCUGUAAUUAACUUUCAAAAGAAGACAUCGCAAACAACAUCAAUCCCAGAGACCAUAUAUAUUGUUGAAGUAUUAUUGAGGUGUUCCACUGAUUCUGCUGUCCCUAAACCAGCCACUGGUCAUAAUAACAGAGAAGAAAUGAGAAUUAUACCUUCAUCACUUAAUUCACUUCACAAGUUGAGCUCUGUCAGGGUCUACCUACCUAAGGAUCUUAGACCUUCUGAUAGUAGAUUCAUGGUUGGAAAAUCUAUAGAUGAAGUGAUAAAGAGAUUCCCUGAUGGUCUUCCAUUGCUGGAUCCAGUAGCUGACAUGAACAUCAAGGAUGAGGAAUUCAAGAAAAUUGUUAAAAAAAUUGAAGCACUUGAGAAGCGACUGGUCACUAGUGUUGCUCAUAAAAAUCCAAACCUUGAGCAAUUGAAUUCAUUAUGUCAGAGGAAGAUUGAGUUAAGUUCUGCAGUAAGAGAGUCCAAGAGAGAACUAAAGAAAGCACAGACGAUAAUGCAAAUGGAUGAACUGAAGUGUAGGAAACGUGUACUUAGAAGAUUAGGGUAUGCUAAUUCUUCAGAUGUGAUUGAAUUAAAAGGAAGAGUAGCAUGUGAAAUAGACUGUGGUGAGGAGUUGUUGCUCACUGAGAUGAUAUUCAAUGGAGCCUUCAAUGACCUUUCAGUGGAACAGUGUGUGGCUUUACUCUCAUGUUUUGUAUUCCAGGAAAAGACUGAUGAGAUGCCUAAACUAACUGAAGAGCUGUCUGGUCCACUGAGACUCAUGCAGGAUUCUGCUCGUAAAAUUGCAAAAGUAGCCAAAGAAGCAAAGCUUGAUAUUGAUGAGGAUACCUAUGUGGAGAGUUUUCGACCUCAUCUAAUGGACGUGUUACAUGCUUGGAGCACAGGUGCUGCUUUCUCUCAGAUCUGCAAAAUGACUGACGUUUUUGAAGGGAGCAUAAUCCGUUGCAUUAGGAGGUUAGAGGAGAUUCUUAGACAAAUGUGUCAGGCAGCAAAAACGAUAGGGAAUACUGAGCUUGAGAACAAAUUUGCGCAAGGUAUUAUGAGGAUAAAGAGAGAUAUUGUGUUUGCUGCCAGUCUUUAUCUUUGAUUAUCACACCUUGCAGUUAUAUUCCUCAUUUUAAAUGUUGUACACUAAAACUGUUUGUCUAUUAUGUAAUACAGUACUCACUACUCAUAUGCAUCUUGUGGCAUGUCGUUGAAUGUUGUUUGCACCAAAGCCUGCAUGGACUAGUCUUUUGUUCUUUGUUCUUUGAGCUGGAAUUAUUAUUUUUGCCUCAUUUUAAUAAUAA